AUGUUCUGCUUCCGCGGCACGUCCCCCAGCUGAUUGGCGCUCGGACGCGUCUGUGGCUGAAGAAGCUCCGCACCUUGAAGGGUUCUUAAUAACCGGUAUUGCCUUCUUUCAACGCGUGUUUGUGUUGCCUUUCCAAUCCUGAACUUGUCUCUCACUCGCCCACAUACUUUCUGAACGAAUCGCCCUUGCAGCAGGAUGGAUCGGAAGCAUGAUCUAAAAGUCCAGUUGGUAAACAUUCUUGGCGCAACGAUCCGCGAAGUCAACACUCUCACGUUGGAGAGAGAUCAAAUCAAGAUAGAGCGAGAUCUCGUUCAUGAGCGUCUUCAGUUACUGCAAAAGGAAUGUCAUGAUACAAAACGGCUCAUUGCUGAGAUAUCUCCUGCGCGCUCCUCAGCGCAGUCGGAGGUGGAUGUCGAUCAGAUUCUGAGCCGCCUAUCAACCGAAUCUCAGAAGAAUGAAGCGCUUGUUCAAUGCAAGGUUCUCAACGAUGAGAACGCGAAGCUAAAAGAGGUAGUAGCGCUCCUUGAGACUGAGAACACGAAGGAUCGGAUCAUAUGGAUUGAAAAGAUCGAUAGUCUUCAGAAGACCAUAACUUCGCUGGAAGAAGGAAUCAUAGGGAGUAACGAUGAGGUAGACAGGCUGCAACAGUCGGUGCAGCAGUUGCAGGAUCGGCUGCACGAAACAGAGACGGAGUUGCGAGCCUCACUGGCACGGGAGGCGCUUCAGAAUAUUAGAGUAAAUACUGAGCGUGAGCCGGAGGUCCCAGACAAGCUUCUCCAGGCCAGAGAAGAACUGCAAGCGCUGAAGGCUACGAUCGAGAGCCAGCAGCGAGAAAUCGAGCAGCUACGACGCGAGGCCACUCAGCAUGCAGCUCAAAGCUCAGAAUCUCAGGGACAAAGCGUCAGCCGUCCCAAGCGUCGCUACAUUCGCAGGAGGAACGCCGCCAACGAGAAUACCGAUGCGAUCUCCAUUCCUUCCAGUGACGAAGACGAUGACGAAGAUGAUGAUACAGCAGCUUUGGACGAAGAGCCACUGGUCCUACACCAGUCGGGUAUACCGCAACGUCGGUGGGACGUGUUGCAGCGGCUCCCUCCGAUUGAGGUAGUUUUCCCCGCUGAUGUUCCUAGAGCGAGCUUCACGAGAACAAUGCUCUCAAAUAUUCUGGGCGGUGCAUCUCAAGCACUCAUUGUCGUCGUAGCCCACCAGAAGGCACUCUCUGCGAGACACGACAUCACCAAAUAUAUCUGCCCCAAGAUGGAUCAUAACUCGUGGCUGCCGUCCGCGCCCGGCCAGCACGGAUACAUGUUCGUCGGUCUCGGGUUGGAGAAAUUCACGUUCGUGGACGCGGAGAGGCUGCACGUCUUUGUCGGAAAAGGCUCUGAGCAUGAGUAUGCGGGGCUGUACGAGGUGGUGCGAGACGCGCCGCUGUUGUCUUCGGAAUGGCGAGCGGUUGCGCCGAAUGUGAGACAAAAGUAUUGCGAGACGACUCUGGACAAGGAGCAAGCCGCAGCACGGGCAAUCCACGCAAAGAGCGCGAAGGAAGCCAAGGCGGCUAGAAAACAGCUCUCCAAGUUCAAGACCACCAGCGAGAUCGGCGCCGCAUACGAAGACGGUCGCAAGCGCGUGCCCUGUGUGCGCCUGCAAUGCAUCGGCUUCGACAUGGACUUCUAUAGGAGCCUUGUCGCAGCGCGCAGCGGUCUUGCGACAGUGCCGUCCACACCGCAAAAGCGGUCUGCGGGAGACGGGGAGCAUGGCAGUGCCAAGAAGGCACGGGCAGCGCCGCCGACUCCCUCUGCCAGUGCUUCGAACAGGAAGUCGGAUCGUUUGGCUGCUCGGGAUGUGGAACCGAAGCAUGAGGAGCAGAGUGACCUCACGGAUAUCGACGACCAAUAAAUGUAUCGAGGUUUCGCAAGUGCUUCAUUUCUUCCCCUUAGGAUGUGUACGAAUAGUGUGUUGGGUGUUUCAAGUCAGUCAACUGUAUACGAAUAAGACACAGCUUCGCAAUGCAUCAUGGAAUCGCAACAUCCCACCAAGCAUUCAUGUAUCAUGGCUUAGUCAAGGGAUCGAUAUCGGUAUUCAUUUCUCUCUGCAAUCAUCAUUGUACACCAGGUCCUCCACCAUUUC